UCACUUCACAAUAUUCCAGUCUAACUUCAACACCAAUUACUUCGACAUUGCAACCAAUCACUGAAACGUCACCACAAACAAGUCCAACAACACCAUUGGUCACUGAAACUUCAACACCAAUUACUUCAACCAUGCAACCACUCACUGAAACUUCACCACAAACAAGUUCAACAUCCCCGUUAGUCAGUCUAACUUCAACACCAAUUACUUCAACAUUGCAACCAAUCACUGAAACUUCACCACAAACAAGUCCAACUACACCAUUGGUCACUGUAACUUCAACACCAAUUACUUCAACAUUGCAACCACUCACUGAAACUUCACCACAAACAAGUCCAACAACACCAUUGGUCACUGUAACUUCAACACCAAUCACUUCAACCAUGCAACCAAUCACUGAAACUUCACCACAAACAAGUCCAACAACACCAUUGGUCACUGUAACUUCAACACCAAUUACUUCGACAAUGCAACCAAUCACUGAAACUUCACCACAAACAAGUCCAACAACACCAUUGGUGAUAGUAACUUCAACACCAAUCACUUCGACCAUGCAACCAGUCAGUGAAACUUCACUACAAACAAGUCCAACAACACCAUUGGUCAGCCUAACUUCAACACCAAUUACUUCGACUUUGCCACCAAUCACCGAAACUUCAACACAAACACACUUGACAUCAUCAGUCAGUGUAACUUCAACACCAAUCACUUCGACUUUGCAACCACUCACUGAAACUUCACCACAAACAAGUUCAACAUCAUCGUUAGUUAGUCUAACUUCAACACCAAUUACUUCAACAUUGCAACCACUAAGUGAAACUUCACCGCAAACAAAUCCAACGUCACCAUUAGUCACCACAGCUUUACCACCAAUUAGUUCAACAUCACCACCAGCAACAUCAGUCAGCCCAUCCUCAACAUUUUUGCCAUCAAUGUACACAACCACACUACCUGGUAGUACAUAUUCCAACCCAGUCAGUGGGACUUCAGCAACAUCUCUGUUGUCAACAACCACAGCAGGAACCACUACAUCUUCUACUGUGUCCCCCACAGCUGCAAUUUCCACUGUCUCGACAGCAGCCAAACCAACUUCACAACCAGUUUCAACAACACCAGCAACAACAACGACAACAACAGUGGCAACAACAACUACCACCGCUGCACCACAACCUGAGGCAACAAUAGUGCUGGUUUUUAAAUUGGAGCAAGAAUUUGACCCUGACCUGGGGAUCCAGAGCUCUGAUGCAUUUAUCGCUCUAGCAAGAGGCAUUGAACGAGAACUUAAUGCCAUUUAUUCAAAGCUAUUUGAAAGGAGAUUCCUUCGAUCAAAAGUCAGAUCUUUUAGACGUGGUUCAGUUGUUGUAGAUUCUGAGCUGGAGUUCAAUAAUGCCACUUCAGUACCAGAAUCUACUAAUGUAGAGAGAGCCCUGUUGGAUGCAUACAACACUUCCACCUUUAACUACACCCUGAACACAACGAGUGUUGCUGCUUCAAGAAUGGAAGUACCUACAAUAACACCAGCAACUACCGUUUUUAUGACCUCAACAGUGAACCCAACAACACCGACAGUAAACAUAACUUCACCAAAUGUGAUUUCAACCACACCUGCUGUCACUGAAACUUCAACAUCCACCAUCACUUCAGCAUCAGUCGCCACCAACACUGUUCCCACAACAGUAACUAAUGUUACAACAAGCACAACAACCAUCCCUGCUUCAACAAACCCAACAGCAACCCCUGCCGAAUCUACAACAGUGUCCUCUACUGCUACUACUCUUACGACAGCGACCACACCAGCAACAGACCCACCGUCUUCUACAGAAGGAACCCUUAGGCUGAUAUUUCGUCUCACCAGAAUCUUUAAUGCAGACUAUGGCAUAAAAUCUUCAGCAGCAUACCAGAUUUUAGCUUUGGAAGUUCUAACAGAGGUUAACAGAAUUGGCAAGAAACUGAACCCAUCUUCCUUCAGGCGCUCCAUCAUUAAUUCGUUCACGAGCGGAUCAGUGGUUGUCAACAUGACUCUUGUUUACGCUAAUCAAACUUCAGUUCCUGAUGUGAACACAGCUAAUCAACAGUUCCAAACUCAACUUGAAAAUUCAAGCUUGUCUGUUGCAAACGGCAGUGUGUUUGUGGAUUCUGCUGUCACUCCGACUACAACUUCAACACCCACAACAGCCACCAACACUGUUCCCACAACAGUAACUAAUGUUACAACAAGCACAACAACCAUCCCUGCUUCAACAAACCCAACAGCAACCCCUGCCGAAUCUACAACAGUGUCCUCUACUGCUACUACUCUUAUGACAGCGACCACACCAGCAACAGACCCACCGUCUUCUACAGAAGGAACCCUUAGGCUGAUAUUUCGUCUCACCAGAAACUUUAUCGCAGACUAUGGUGUAAAAUCUUCAGCAGCAUACCAG